AUGGAGGACGAAAUUAAGAUUAGGGUGUAUCGCUUCGUCGCGUAUUCGGGGGUGUUUUUCUCCCUGGUGGCUGUCAUGUCCAUCUUCGCCACCUUACCCAUGGUGUACGAAUACGUGCACCAGGUGAAGCGUGACAUCAACUUCGCCGUCAACGACUGCAAGACGACGGCAAAGGACAUCUGGAGCGACGUGAACACCCUUGGAGAGAUGCCGCACAACCGCACGGCACGCCAGUCCUACAACCAAGGGCCCAGCGGAGGCGGCGGCGGUGGCAGCAGCUACAGCGGCCCGUCGGCAGCCGUGUCUGGAGGAGCCGCUCAAUCUUCUGGAGGACCCGCCGGUCAACCCGGACAGCCCGGAAACCCCGGACAGGAUGGACAGCCUGGUGGACCCGGACAGCCUGGAGCUUCUCAGGACUCUGGACCUGGCGCGCCCGGACCGGCCGGACCUCCCGGACCUGCUGGACCACCCGGACAAGACGGACAGAGCUCGCAGGGAGGACAAGGAGCCCCUGGACCGGCUGGACCCCCCGGUAUCUGCCCCAAAUACUGCGCUAUCGACGGCGGCAUCUUCUUCGAGGACGGCACCCGGCGUCGC